AUGAGCGACCACGAAGACGUCGGCAAAGAAGUCACAGCUCUGACUCAGAACCCGAGCAUGAUCGGAGAGAAAGGUACAGAGACCGUUCCCCUUGUCGAAGCCACCACAAGUCCAGACGACACUCACGUUCCGCUUCUCCUAAGCCCUUUCAAGCAGGAGCGAGGCUCGGAAACACCUACAAUAGAGAAACAGAAGCCGAACUUCGCGCCCAGUGGAAAGCUCGCUGCAGCUUCGAACACUGUGCAAACAGCUGGCCAAACCAUUGUCCUGAAAUACCACGAGCCUGCUGAAGCACGCAAGCCACCCGCAAGAGACGCAUGGCGCAUGUACAUCUUCAAGAACGACGAAAUUGUUGACACAGUACAACUUUUUGAGCAGUCAUGCUGGUUGUUCGGUCGUGAGAUGGCAGUCGUGGACAUUCCCAUCGAGCACCCUAGCUGUUCCAAACAGCAUGCAGUCAUCCAGUUUCGAUACAGCGAAAAGAGAAAUGAAUUUGGCGACAAGAUUGGAAAAGUGAAGCCUUAUGUGCUUGACUUGGAAAGUAGCAAUGGCACUUUCAUCAACGAGCAGCGAAUUCCAGAUGCAAAAUACGUCGAAGUAAAGGACAAAGACGUGAUCAAAUUCGGAGACAGCAGGAGAGAGUAUGUUGUCCAGUUGCCCAAAACCUAA